AGACAACAUCCUUAAAGAUAAAACACCGACAAAUGGUGUGGUCAUUGAACACCAUAUAUUACAACAACUAUAUCUCCCCAUUUUCAGUCACAACAUUUCUUUCUCUUUUGCUCCUAUUUCCAUCUCUGUGAAAGGAAAAUGACAAAUUUAGCCAUGUUGUUCAUCACCUUGUCCAUAAUCUGGGUUUUAUUUUCAGUACCCUCAACUGUUUCAGAGAUCACUCGCCAUCAUGAACAACCUCAACACACAAUGUGCAAUGAGUGUCAUGAAAACCCACCAUUGCCACCUCCACCGCCUCCGGAGAUAAAGUGCCCACCACCGCCGGUCCCUGUGAUAGAGUGUCCACCACCACCGGUCCCUGUGAUAGAGAGUCCACCACCACCAGGGCUUCCAUCACCUCGGCCACCACGGCCGAUAUGGCCGACAAGGCCACCACGGCCACCAUGGCCACCAUUGCCACCAAUAUUGCCACCAAUAUUACCACCAUCACCACCACUUCCAUCACUGCUACCACCACCACCACGGCCAUCACUGUAUCCUGAAGGGCCGGAAGUAGAAGGAGAGGAUUACGAUGAUUACAAUGACGGCGAAAAGUUGGAGCCAGCAAUGCAGUACUUGACUUUCGUAGCCCUUCUUUCGCUUCCAUAUUACUUGUUACUUUAGCUAGUUGUCUGUCACUUACUCCAACAUGCAGUCUUUUUUGCUAGCAAAAAAGCUUCUAAGCGCUGUCGUCUUCCACCGUCACCAACUCCGAGUGUAGGUAAGCCGUUCCGUAUUAAGAACAAACAUCUUAUUUGCAUGAAAAAUAAAAAUCUCAUUCACAUUAAGAACAAACAUCUUAUUUGUAUGCAAAAUAAACAUCUGCAUGAACGAUGAAGGCGAGAGGGCAGAGGCAAUUACUGUGGCGCGAUGGAAGACAAAGCUGAGCUACUUGCAGCAGUGCGAUGGAGGUGCGAUGAGGCUGGGCUGCAUGCGGCGGUUAGAGAGACGCGACGAAGCACUGAUGCGUGCGGCAAUUAAAGACACAACUAGAAAAUGGAUUAAUACAGAUAGAUUUACAGACAGAUUUAGUCUUUAUUACAGACGGAUUUUUGGUUACCGACGUUUUUUGUUCCUUUGUAAAAGCCUCGUCAGAAAUUAUUUACCGACGGAUUUUUUUCAUCGAAAAAUUACCGACGGAUUUUUACCAGUUACCGACGGAUUUUUUCUUUGUAAAUUCUCCAUCCAUUUUCCUGAAACGUCAAACUUUUCGACGGAUUUUCCGUCGGUAAUUGGAAUCUUGGAAAAUCAUCCCAAACUCUGAAUACAGACAGAAAAUCCGUCUGUAAAUCCAUUAGUAAGGUAAAAUAUAAUUUUUUUAGAUUUUUUCAUUGCGAAAUAAACUUCUUUUCAUACAAAAUAAAUAUAAAUUUAAUACAAAUUUUUAUCUAAUUUGUAUUCGAAUAUUUAUAAUAUUUCAAAAAAUAAACAAAUUCAUCGUAUUAUCAAACUAAAAGAAAAGUACUAUAAACAAGCAAAUCAAUAUAAUUCAAAACAUAAACAAAGUGUAUUGAUCAUCAACUAUAAUUCCCAGUAUAUUGUUUAACCAUACUAAAACUAUCGGCUAUAACUCUGGUGUGACAUCCUUUUCAGCUUUUACAUCUUUGUGAUCCACUUCUAUUUCUCUGUCUGG